UGCAUCGCUCGUAUUCGCACAGUAAUUAAAAGAGUGAAUAUAUUGUCGAAUUGUUUUGAAUAGAAUUGAGCAAAUGUCGCGAACAAUUUAUCUAUGCUGGCUAGUUUUAUUUGCCAAACUCUUUAACGGUGUAUAUUCGUUCCAAAUGAGCACAAAGAGCUCCACCGAAAGUUUCUCUUCCGAAAGUCGUGAUAAUAAUUUGAUUUUUGUACAUGUUCUUUGUCGUCAUGGCAGUAGAAAUAUUUUAAAACCAUAUCCAAAUGAUCCGUAUAAAGAUUUGAAAUUUUGGCCCGGAGGAUACGGCGAAUUAAAUCAGAUCGGAGUGCAACAACAUUUUGAAUUGGGUGGAUAUAUACGAAGACGAUAUUUUGGCCUGUUUGGCAAUGAAAUUUGCUCUCCAAAUCUCAUAUAUGUUCGAUCAACGGAUACGAAUCGUGUUAUAAACAGUGCAAAAGCAAAUUUGAUGAAUCUUUGUAAUGAAACUAUCCCAGUGCAUGUAGUGCCACAUAAAAAUGAUAAUAUACUAAAACGUGGUGGAAAGUGUGAUCGUGGUGAUUACCUUUGGAAAAAAUACAAAAAAUCUUCUUCAUAUUUAAAGCUAUUCAAAGGGCAUGAGUUGCUUAUCAAAUACUUGGAGAAGCAUUCAGGCAAGCGUCGAUUCGAAAUAGACAAUAUUCACUCUUUGUACGAUACCUUAUGGGUUGAACAAUUCAAUGGAAAACGUUUGCCAUCAUGGGCGAAAAGGGUUAUGGUGCCAAAUGGCGAAUUUGAAAAACUCGCAGUAACUAAAUUUAUAACAUUUACGCCCACAACUGAACUGAAAAUGCUGAGAUCCGGAUAUUUAUUAAAAGAAAUUUUGGAUCGCUGUAAAAAUAAAACUCUAUCCGAACUAUCACCAGAUCAAUCUCAACGAAUGUAUAUGUACUUUGCCCAUGACUUUACGGUAGCAAAUCUAUUGAAUAGUUUGGGUCUUUUUGCAGAACCAUAUCAGCCGCCUUUUGCUUCAUGUAUAUUUUUUGAGUUGUACAAUGGAACGAACGGACCGUAUCUCAAGAUUUUCUAUAGAAAGUCAGCAGAUGAAGACGAACUUUCACCGUUGGAAAUUCCAGGCUGUGGCACAGAAUGCUCCUUGAAAAAAUGGUAUAAGAUAUACAAAGAUAUCCUACCAACAAAACCGUUUGAUGAUGCAUGCAAACUAUAGCAUAGAAGUAAGGAAACAAAAGAAUAACUUAAAUACUUUCAGUAAAAUGUCAUAUAGAUUUUUGCAUUAAAUAUUAAAUUAAGCCUGCCAGAUUUUUUUUUUAGUCGAUCCGGGCCGG